CCCCCCCAGAAAUCUUAGUUUUCUGAAAAAUUGAGAAGUUAAUAUACAUAUUAAUCCGAAGUGUGAGGUCGAACUAAUGCAUUGCUAUUAUUGGACAAAAUAAUCUAACAGUGUGAAAACGUCCGUAGACAGAUUAUUUUAAUAGCCUACGGUUAGUUUUGAUAUAACGUAACAACAUCAAAUACGGUACAGUGACGUUUCUGUAAUGUUGUCGUUGAAGUCACAGUGGCAGUGGCAACACUGUAUAAAUCACAGAGAAUAGAACAAAUCUUCUUCAGUCAGACGUUGCUUGCUAACCUUGCUAGUUGCUACAUAUUGGCCGUGUAUCAAUGCCUGGCAAAGUCAAAGGGCUAUAAGUGUCAGUUUGCUCAAGCGUUUCCUUUUCCAUGUGCAACUGCAAAAGACGACAUCGACAUGGUGAACUACAGCUUUGGGAAAUGCAAUGGAAAGACACGGACGAAUUUCCAAAAACAGCGCUGGACGCGUUAGACAGUUGUAACAGAGAUUUGUUCCCGACAGUCAGCAAGCUACUUCUAGUCUUAGCUACACUUCCCAUCAGCAAUGCUUCUGCAGAGCGUAGCUUUCAAUCUCUAAAGAGAAUAAAGUCGUGGCUAAGAACACGGAUGCGUCAAGACAGGUUGAUUGGACUUGCUCUACUCCAUGCCCAUCGAGACAUCCCUGUAGACCCAACGAAAGUUUUAGAACGAUUCGCCAAAAGUGGCCAUUGAAGACUUAAUUCGAUUUGUAAUUACAUUCUUUUUAAAACCUUAUAACUUGUU